ACAUCAGUAACUUCAGUACUAUAUCAACAACCAAAAUAUUUUCCAUCACAGUAUCAAAUUAAAAGAUCUUUGUUGUUUAUUGUACAAUUUUUUCGUGUUACCAUAAUGCAGCGUGAAGAAAAACAGCUGGACAUGCUUCUGGAGGCUGUCCUUAAUCGAUUAAACGAUAUAAAGCACUCGAUAGGAACGAUGAUUCACCGGCUCGAGAAUGAAUAUGAAACUAUCAAUUGGCCCACAUUUCUGGAUAACUUUGCGCUUAUCUCCGGCCAUUUAACCGGUUUGACAAAAAUUCUAUCUUCCGAAAUUGGUACACCACUCCGUAAUCUAACCGUGCUUCCAUUACUGCUCACGCCGGAACGCGACGAACCUCUGUUGCAGCUUACGGAAGGCCGCAUCCCUGUCUUCUCCCACGAUCUCGUGCCGGACUAUCUGCGCACAAAACCGGACCCCGGGGCUGAGUCCCGAAUGGCGACGCACGAAGCCAAAGCCAACAACCUGCUGACGGAAACGGCCAUGAAACAGGUGGCCCAGUACACCAAGGUCAUUUCGCACGUUUGGGACAUAGUGAGCAAGGCGAAAGAGGAAUGGGAUUCGGAAGCAUCGCGACCGGGUAUCCAGCAGACCAGCUCGAUGGCCGAUACGCAAGCACUGGUUGCCGCCGUUGGUUUGGGCAACGGUUUGGCCAUCGUUGGACCGGGUGGUGUGCCCAACAGUGGCAUCAUGAUUCCCCCCGCGAUUCGACAGGCUUCACCGAUGAGUGCCGUGUCGCCUUCCGGAGCUGGACCGCUCGGGAAGAUGCCCUCCGGUAUUAAGACAAAUAUCAAGUCCGCAAAUCAAGUGCAUCCCUAUCGUUAAGGGUUUUGGAGGAAGGAAAUUAAUUGUGUUUUAUAAUUUAUACAAAUAUUGGCUUUAUUUACGAUAACUAUUUCAUGCAGAAA